AUGAGCUCAGAUAAGUCACAAAAAAUCAAAGAGCAGAUUGAGUAUUACGUAUCUGACAAUAAUUUACGCCACGACAAAAUUUUCCACGAGUUAAUAAGCUCUACACCUGAUGGCUACAUUCCAUGGGAGAAUAUCUUCAAGUGCAAGAAAAUAAAAGAGCUUGAAGUAGAAAUUUCAGAUAUAGUAUAGAGCUUUUCUUUGAAUUGCCCAAUAUGAUAACCCUGACAGUUCAGUGAGAAAUAUAAGGGAGUACUGUAUAGCUGCUCUUAGAUCUUCAAGCGAAGCUGAAGCUGACGAAAAGCUUGGAGUGAGGAGAUCUGGAAACAGAGCUCUUCCACCUCUCCAAGCAGCCAAACAAAAAAAGGCUAAACUUCCUGAGCCAGUCACCGUGAUUCUAGGCAUUUCUUUACCAGAAGAAACUAAAACUACAUGAAAAGACCUUAGGGAUGCUUUCAGGGCAAAAUUUGUUGACGUUGAUGCUACCUAUGUAAGGCUGAGUGGACAUGAAGGACAUAUAGGUAUUUCAGGGAAAACUCCGAGUGAAAGAGUCCACCAAAUGGAAACAGAAGGAUUUGACGUCAAAGGAGCCCAUGCAUCAGUCAAAAAACUUGAAGGAGACGAUUUAUUAGAGUUUUGGAAAGAAAAUGGGUCGCAUUUUGACCAAUGCAACAACUCAAACAAGAAAAGAAAGAUGGAGAAAACUAGAAAAGGGCUAAACAUUGGUGGAAAGUAUUUUGGAUCGGUCGCCAAGCUUAAAGAUUACUUAAAAUCUUUGCUUAACUCCUCACCUGAAGGGAAACCAGUAGACCCUCAAUACCACACUUUAUUAGAAGCCCUUCUAAAGCUUCAUCCAGAGUUUGAGUCCAAGUCUGUGGGACUUAAGACGUUUAGUGUCGACAAGCAUCCAAGCCAUCCUGAAAGCAAGUGCUUUUUCAUUAUAAGAGAAGAUGGGUCCCAAGAAGAUUUUAGCGUAACUAAAUGCUUAGAGCAGCUUUAA